AUGGCAGUGGUGGGUGAAGACCCCGCCAGAUUUACGACAGAUGCUCUGCCUUCUGACGCCAGACUCCUCCCAACAUUGACAAAUGCCUAUCUGGGCACCCGAGUCUACAGGGACAUCCUUCAUGUCAAUGGGGUGUACAAUGGAGCAGUUGGGCAGACCCAUCGGGCUGAUCUCCCCAGUCCCGUCAAUGUUAAAAUGGAUGUGGAUGGGGCUGAUGACCUGAGGGAGACCUUCUGUCUGGACACCAGGACAGGGACGUAUAUCCAUACAGCCCAGUGCUCAGAAUAUACAGCUACUCAUACGAUUUAUGCCCACCAGUCUCUUGUCCAUCUCCUGGCCUUCAACAUAACGAUUGCAAGGUCAACUCUCGAAACUAAGCCCAUCACAGUGAAUCUCCACACCCAGUUCACACCCGAGAGUCCAGACCUGGACUUGCAGAAAGGGCCAGAUUUCCUGGGAGCUCACUAUUUAUAUGGAAAGACAUUGGUCCCAGAAGUAGAGGGUGGCCCCCAGCCUACUGUACACAUGAUCUGGACCCCGGUGCCCCAAUCAGUGACCCUCCCUGGAGAUCACAAGGAGCAGAGGUGGGAGUUCCUCACUGCCAUAGCAGAGACUGAAGAGGAUGUGCAAAGGACCUUUUGUGAAGGGAUGUCCCUGAUCGGAUCUGGUUCCUUAUAUCUGUCUCACAUCCAGGCCUGGGCAGCACUCUGGGAAGGCUGCUGUGUAGAUGUGGAUGGGCCUCUUUCCUUGAGCCAGGCCAUCUAUGGCUGCCUGUAUUACCUGCUGAGUGCCAUUCCUCCUCUGGGCUCUGCUGGCUUCCCUUUCUCUGGAAUCAGCCCAGGAGGCCUUUCCAAUGGCACCUCUGGUGAAGACUACUGGGGCCAUGUCUUCUGGGACCAGGAUACCUGGAUAUACCCAAACAUCUUGCUUUUCUAUCCAGAAGCUGCUUGUGCUAUCCUAAAAUACAGGAUCCGAACACUAGAGGGAGCUCUACACAACGCACAGGAACAAGGCUACAAGGGUGCAAAGUUUCCCUGGGAGAGCGCAGCAACAGGCCGAGAGGUUUGCCCUGAGAAAAUCUAUGGAGACAAGGAGAUCCACAUCAAUGGAGAUGUGAUGCUGGCAUUCGAGCAAUAUUUCUGCAUCACUCAGGAUUUGAAGCUCUUUCAGCAGGAAGGCGGCUGGGAUGUAGUCCAGGCUAUCGCUCAGUACUGGUGCAGCCGAGUUGUGUGGAACUCUGAGGAAGAAAAUUAUCACAUUGUUGGUGUUAUGCCUCCAGAUGAAUAUCAUUGCACUGUAGAUAAUUCUGUCUAUACAAAUGCAGUUGCCCAGAGGAGCUUGAAAUUUGCAAUUGACUUGGGCUCCCAGUUGCAUUUUGUUAUCCCUGAAGAGUGGAAGGAGAUUAUGAAGAAACUUAAAGUGCCUUUGGAUAAGAGUAGAUGGUACCAUCCAGAAUAUGAUGGAUAUUGUCCAGGUGAGCCAGUGAAACAAGCUGAUGUUGUCUUGCUUGGGUUUCCUGUCAUGUACCCCAUGGAACCAGAAGUCAGAAGGAAUGAUCUAGAAAUCUAUGAGCCUGUGACUGAUCCCCAAGGGCCAGCCAUGACUUGGAGCAUGUUUGCAAUUGGCUGGUUGGAGUUGAAGGAAAUCAAAAGAGCACAGCAACAAAUGGACAAAUGUUUCAGCAACAUCACCGAGCCAUUCAAGAUCUGGGUGGAAAACUCUGAUGGAUCAGGAGCUGUAAAUUUCUUGACUGGGAUGGGUGGAUUUCUCCAAGCCAUCUUUUUUGGAUAUGCUGGGUUCAGGAUCUCCAGAAGCUGCCUGAAGUUUGGCCCUGUUUAUCCUGAUGACAUAAAGCAGCUGAACAUUACUGGAAUCUGCUACUUAGGAAGCAAGCUGAAUUUCACCCUCACCAAAGAGAAAACCACCAUCAAAAUGACCCAGUCUUCCUCUAAUUUACACUUAUCUGCUCUGGAGGUGGUACUGGCUGGAACAGGAGAGCAUCUGUCCUUAAAAGAAGGGCAAAGUGUCUCCUUCUUUACAACUGCUGGUUGGAUUCAGAAAGAAUCUGUUCUGCCAUGA